CAUGAAAAUCGAUUUUACCCUCUAAAUAAUUCAUGGUAGAUGUAAGCUCCUUUUCAUUCAAACAGUGAUAUAGUGAAGGUAACCAUUCGCUGUAUUCGCUUAUAAUGGAUUUUAGUGCAAGAGAAAAUAUUCGCAUUAGUAAACAUCCUUCUUAAAAAGCAAUUCACUUAACUGAAUAGAAUAAAAACUUGGAAGACAAGUACUUUCUAUAUAUAGAGCAUCAUUUAGCAGGAAGAGCUGAAAGAUGUAGGGAGGUAUUUCACCAUAAAUUGGUUACACUGUCGGCUGAAGUUUUCAUCCACAGCAACAACACCUAUGGUCUUUGAUCUAUGUAGACGCACCUUAACGUACUAAGAAGGACGAUAACUUUUCAAUAAGUUGAUUCUGCAUUUGGAUAACCUUUUGAAUUCAAAUGCCAACAAAGUAAAGUGACAAACGCCAUCUAGGCUAACUAGUUUUUAUGUUUUUAUGUUUUGUUUUUAGGCUGCAUCUAUUCGAGAAAAAGCUCAAAGUUUACCAGACAAAACUUCUUACUAGUCCAGUUUACACUGAAUUUCGGUAUCGGUUGUCUUCGAUUCUACAUGAACGGUUCCCUGCUCUCGCGGAGAGUUGUGCUAAAAGACUUUCUUUCCCCAAGCCCUCUUCGUAAAUUACAGGCCCUAUUUCAAGGAAAACUUCCAGAACCAGAACCUGAAUCUACCUUUGAUUUACAAAAGUCACCAAUUGUUCAGCCAGCUCAACAUUUCGUAUUCCUAAAUAGCGCUUCCUCAGAAACACAACUAGAUCUGGACGGCUACGAAACUGUAUAUUCUCCAUUUGGAAAGCGGUUGUCUCAUAAGCAUCGUCUUUGGCUGCAUGGAGUUUUGAAGUUUCAUAGACCGCUGCGGUUAUUUCAAGAAGCUGAAUGUCAUGAGGUCGUGCACACAAAACAGGUAGGACAAAAGAUAAACCCCUUGUCUAUUGCUAAAGAAAACGUUUCAAAAGCUGAUACACUUCCUGCACAAGUUCUGAUUGAAAGAAAAAUUUACAACCAACAAAAAGAUUUAUGUUUAGAAGAAGACCGUACCUUGUAUUAUACAAACAAGGAUUAUCUGGUAGAUGAAAAGAAAAUUAUCAGUAAAUCUCCUUCGACAAAGUCAUGGGUAUUUACUCCUACCGAAGUUAUGGUUUUCCGUUUUUCCGCUUUGAUGUUUAAUGCUCAUUUCAUUCAUUGGAAUGGACCAUAUACGAUGUCAGUGGAAAAAUAUCCAAAUCUUAUUGUUCCAGGUCCAUUGCUUAUAACAGCCAUGGCGAAUUUCUUUCGAUAUUCAUACCCAGAACUAAGUACAAGAAUUCGUCAAUUCAACUAUCGUCUUUUGACUCCUAUAUUCGUCGGUACCCCCAUUCGUGUCUGCACAAAUGAUAAUACAUUGGCUGUUUGGCUGGAAAGCAAUUCUACUGUUCAUCCUACAUUGCUAGCAAAAGGAAGAUUUUCACUUGACUAGGGCAUAGUCCAACAGCACUUACGAACUAGUAAUAAACAGAUACAAACAACGGUAUAUUAUAUACGCUUUUCAUCAAUUACCUUUACCAACUACACCAGUAAUUUUUACAAAUAAAUUAUUGUCUCAUAGAGUCGUUUAGCCUAACAAAGUCGUUUCUGGCAUUUUCAUAUUAUUAAAACAAACAAGGAUCUGAAGUUAAUCCAAAAGUGUUUUGAGAUAGGAACUUUCGAAACAACUAACGACAAGAAAAACAAUAAAAGAUGAAGUCCAAG